AUGGAUGAGUAUACAAUCUUCCAUCUCAACUUUGUGAGCAUAUUAGAGGAGGUAGCUGAACAUUUCCAUUUGGAGCCGCCAGUAGUGUCGACAGUGAAGCGUUUUGAGGGCGAUGGGUACCAAGGUGCAGUACAUUUGCAGCUCACCCCAGAUGAUGAUAAUUCUAAUAAGACCAUCUAUGGGUAUGGUGAAGAUGCUAAAGAUGCUGGCAACCUUGCUGCAUGGGAAGCACUCAAGUUUCUUCAUUUUUCUGUUAACUUUGCUUUGGUGGACCUGCAUAUGUAUGAGUACUGGGAGGUACUACUAACUCUAGUGCAGAAGGAGCAGCAACACCACAUAGAGAUGACACAACUAAACCAGUUUCAUGAGGCUUGCCGGCAGCAUGAGUUAGAGUAUCUUGAGCAAGAACAUGAUGACUGUGUUUAUGAGAUCAAGCAUGACCUCAACCUCCAGAUAGAGGACAGGGAUCGUUGGCUCAAAAUAGAAGAACACAAGAGUAAGAAACUGAAGCUGGAGCGUGAUCAGUUGGAGGAGUUGACCAACAAGCAGGAGAGUAAAAUCAUGGAGCUAAUGACAGAGAACAGAAGCCUCCGUGAGAAGCUGGCGGAAAAGCUACAGGUGCAUGAAUAG